AUGCUGCGGCGAGUUCUGGGGGGGGGGCUGCGGGGUGGGGGAGGGGCCGCGGGGACCCCCCGAGCCCCCGCCCGCGCGGCCGCCGACCAAACCCCGGCGGACCUGGCCCGGGAGCGCUGCAAGGCCGUGACCUCCUUCUACCACCAGCCUGCCAUCGAUGCUGCUGCUGAGAGGCCCUCUGUGCGCCUGACCCCCACCACCAUGCUGUACUCGGGGCGCUCCCAGGACGGCUCCCACAUCCUGAAAAGCGCUCGGUACCUGCAGCAGGAGCUGCCCGUGCGCAUCGCUCACCGCAUCAAAGGCUUCCGGAACCUUCCCUUCAUCAUCGGCUGCAACCCGACCAUCCUGCAUGUGCACGAGCUGUACAUCCGCGCCUUCCAGAAACUGAGCGACUUCCCGCCCAUCCAGGUGCGCAGCGAUGAAUCGCAGUACUGCGCGCUGCUGCGGCAGCUCCUGGAGGAUCACAAGGACGUGGUGACGCUGCUGGCGGAGGGGCUGAGGGAGUGCCGGAGACACAUCCAGGACGAGCGGUUCCUGCGGCCGUUCCUGGACAAGACGCUGACGUCGCGCCUGGGCAUGCGGAUGCUGGCGGCGCAUCACCUGGCGCUGCACGAGGACAAGCCGGAUUUCGUCGGCAUCAUCUGCACCCGCCUGAGCCCCAAGAAACUCAUCGAGAAGUGGGUGGACUUCGCCAGGCGUCUCUGUGAGCACCAGUACGGCAACGCCCCCCGGGUUCGCAUCAACGGCCACGUGGCCGCGCGGUUCCCGUUCAUUCCCCUCCCCCUCGAUUACGUCCUGCCCGAGCUGCUCAAGAACGCCAUGAGGGCCACCAUGGAGUCGCACCUGGACACGCCCUACAACGUCCCCGACAUCGUGGUGACGAUCGCCAACAACGACAUCGACCUCGUCAUCAGGAUCUCGGACCGCGGCGGGGGCAUCCCCCACGAGCUGCUGGACAAGGUGACCGAGUACCACUUCAGCACGGCCGAGGCGAGCGCGCAGGACCCGCGCCUGGGGGGGCCCUUCCGCGGCCUGAUGGACGCCAGCGGCCAGGCCGGGCCCAUGCACGGCUUCGGCUUCGGGCUGCCGACGUCGCGCGCCUACGCCGAGUACCUGGGGGGUUCCCUGGUGCUGCAGUCGCUGCAGGGCGUCGGCACCGACGUCUACCUGAGGCUGCGGCACAUCGACGGCAAGGCCGAGAGCUUCCGCAUCUAGGCCGGCUCCGGGGGGCGCCCCGGGGUCGGCGGGGUCAGCCGGAACCCCCCCGUGCUGGACGGCGUCGUCGGGGUCACGGCCGGCCCCCGGCGUCGGG